UGCAACAGCAUCAUGUCGUUAACCGUGUGCCAGCUUUCGUGUAAUGAUUUUCAUAAAAGAAUUAUGUUUGUGGUUUUAGUGCAGACGUUAGUGUUUCAUCUGCUCGUGCAAUACACAACAGCGGACGUGUUUGAGCAAGAGUUCCGUGCGCAAAGAUCGCUUGCCAGCAGGCAGAUAGCAAACCGACGGGAUACGCGAUUUUUGCCAAUAUUUACCGUCUACCAGUGGGGUCAAGGACUGUGUUCGGCCGCUUCCGGUGAGUAUGGAUCCUGCCAGCCCAACAACGAGUGCGUACUGCGUGGUGGCAUUCCGGCCGGACCCUGUGCCGGUGGAUACGGGACGUGCUGUAUCUUUAUGGCAUCGUGUGGUGGAGUGGUACGUGAAAAUGGUACCUACUUUGUCAAUCCGAACCAUCCGGACAGUACGGAUGGAACGGGUAGCUGCCAGUUGACAAUCUUGAAAAUGCAUCCGGACAUUUGCCAGAUUCGGCUGGACUUUGACCACUUCUCGCUUAAUGGACCCGAGAUCGUGAAUCAUAUCUGUAACACGGAUCAAUUUCUUGUGUCGGGUGGAAGUCCUGCUCCGACCAUUUGCGGCAGUGCAACGGGAGAACACAUGUACAUAGAUGCUGGAAUGGGCCAGAGCAAUCCCAUCAUACUGACCGUCAUCACCAGCGGGCCAAGCUUUCCCCGCUCCUGGCGCGUUCGUAUAUCGCAGAUCCCUUGCGGUGCAAUCGCGAAGGCGGACCAGGGAUGCCUGCAAUACCAUACGGGCGUCAGCGGACGGGUCAAGAGCUUCAACUUCGAUCCAAUCAAUGGACGUCAACUCUCGAACCAGGACUACAGCAUAUGCAUCCGAACGGAGCGCAACUUCUGCAGCAUCCAGUACACGGCGUGCCCGGGCGCGGUCCCGGGCAACCGUUCGCGAACCUUCACGCUGUCGGGCAACAGCAACAGCAUCGUGCAGGCGAUGGUGGGCGGCGGCACGCAGGGAUCGCCCAACUCUUGCACGAACGAUUGGCUGAUGGUACCGUGCGCCAAGAUUGCCGACCGUUUGCCGAUGGCCAGCACGUGUGAGGACAAGAUUUGCGGUGGCACUUUCAAUGCGGAAGUCAGCUCAGUCGAAAGGACGGUCGUCUCGACGAUACGCCCAUUCCGGUUGGCCUUCCAUACCGACUCGAUCGAAGCACCGACGGACGUGGAUAAUCGGGGCUUUUGUCUCGAUUACGUGCAGCAACCGUGUACCAGUAAUAAGUAGU